AUGCGCAUUGUGGGCCUCUGUGUGUGCGCAGUUCAACGCCCCCUGACGGACCGGAGACAGUAUCGCUAUGUGGUACUUUCCAAUGGACUGCGGGCUUUAUUGGUGCACGAGCCGGACUGCGACGAGGCUGCAGUCUCUCUGCGCGUCGGUGUUGGCUCGGCUUCAGAUCCCCGGGAAGUGCAGGGCCUCGCGCACUUUACGGAGCACAUGCUGUUUCAAGGGUCUUCACGCUUUCCUGGUGGCCACUCCUUCUUCGACUUUGUCCACCUCAGGGGGGGCAAGGCGAAUGCCUAUACCAGCAAGUUUUCUACGGUUCUGACGUUCUCUAUCGGCCCGAAGCACCUCAAGCCUGCAAUUGACAGGAUGGCGGACAUCUUUCUUAGCCCAGAGCUCAAGCCUGAAGCGGUUCACAAAGAGGUGCAUGCGGUCCAUGCAGAGUAUCAACUGAGAUUUACGGAUGAUGCCAUCAGAUUUGCACACUUUUCCAGACAGAGCAAGCUGGCUACGCCUUUUUCAAACUUUUCCGUCGGUAAUUUGCACAGCCUCCUCGAUAUACCGAAAGCUCAUGGUCUGGAUAUCACUCAAGAGAUGAAACAGUUUCACUCUAAGUGGUAUUCCAGCAACCUCAUGACCUCCGUUAUUGUGGGAAACGAGUCCUUGGAUGGCCUUGAGAACCUUGCUGUCUCCUAUCUGGGCCGAAUCCCGAACAAAAACACCGAAGCACCUCGUUUUAAGGAAUGCUCCCUUCACUAUCAGCCAUUCGCUUCGGAAGAGCUGAAAACAUUCAUUCGCUUCCUGCUGACGGAAAAGGGCCUUGAGAAGAAAUCGAUAUCAACUAUUGGAGACCUCUUCUUCCUGUAUUUGCGGGCCAUACGUUCGCUGGCUGUAGAGGAGUGGCGGUAUGCAGAGAUGGCCAAAGUUCAAGAGCAGGAAUUCCAGUUCGCCGACAUAGUUCCGCCUUACAACCUCACCCAGAUGGCAGCAGAAUCUCUAAACUACGUGCCCGUCCGAGAAGUGCUGGCAGGAGAUAUCCUUAUGUACAGAUUUGAUAGGGAUAUCGUUAUGUCUCUGAUUGACAACUACUUAAACCCGAAUAAUCUUCGGGUAUACUUACUCGACAAGGCACGAGGGACGAAGGGGACGCAAGAAAUGGAUGGACAGGUUCAGCCUCCCGACAGAGGAAGUCUCUCUUGCGCUGCAGCAGGAAAACCUUUCGCUUCCCCUGCGCAACCCAUUUGUCGCCCAGUCGCUCAAACAGCGGGAAGCCUGGAUGCUCCUGGGGCACCGGUCUCAUGCAAUGUCUUUCACAAACGAGACACGCAGUUUGGAACCCCUAAAACUGUGAUGUCACUUGGCUUCUACUUUAGUCCGAAACACGACGAUCCCGUGCGGCAGUACCUUAUGACGGUCCUCUACUCCAGACUCGCCGAAUUCUCUAUCACUGAGCGCCCAUCGGGCGGGGAUUUCUGCACUGCUCACCCCUGGAGUGAGAGUCUCUGGGACCAGCCGACCGUUCGGGGUGGUGUUUCACGCGAAGGGCAAGAGAGAAAGAAAGCGACUCAGGAUCACGAGGGCACACAGCUACAGCUAGAAGCGUGCCCGUUCAGGCCCUUCCUUAGGGAGGAGUUUGUUAAAGCGACUUGGGACUGGCUGGAGGUGGCUUCCCGUGUCGCUGCCGCAAGCAGAAGUCCCUCUAGCCAGGCAGGCGAUGCACUGAAGCUGUCCGUUGCCACACCAUACUUCGACCCCGAGACCGUGCUCCAAGGUGUCAAGCGGCUAAAGGCCUCCUACACCGCGCCGGCAAUGUCAGGCACUUACUGGCAGAGCGCGCCAGAGGCCGAUGGAGACGCCGCGUGGCACAGCAGGCUCUACCACGACAUUGUGGAAUGGGGAGAGCUAAUGUGGAAAGAAGUGCACGUAGAGGGGCUAAUACAGGGAGCUAUCACCAAUGAUGCUGCUUCCAAGCUGCUGACGUCCGUUCUGACUGCCCUUCCCAUCGACAAGACCAUUGGAGCAGAGGCCGCACAGGCGCUCGUGCAGGUCUCUCGUCUGGAAACCAUCAGCCCACUCAGACACUCUGCCCCAACCAGAAUCCCGCUUAGGACACUCAGCUCCCCUAUACGCAGGCUUUUCUCCUUCUCGUCGCUGGAAGCACGCAAAACAGAGAUGACGUCGGCUGUCACAAACGCAGAAACGGGCCAGGCAGAUGCACAUGAGGCAGAGAUAGAAGGAAGCAAAACUGAGUCAGAAGUGAAGGCAGACAAGGGGGCAAACGAAAUCAAAGGUAUGCAGGAAGACAUAGAUGCAGAGCAAGAAGGCGAAGGUCCGCCUGAAGAAGCGGAAUAUGCAGAGGACGGCGGAUAUGUACAGGAGGGCGGGGAUGCAGAGGAAGGAGGCGCUUUAGAAGAGGAAGAAGGCGCAGGUGCAGAGGAAAAGGGCAGAGAUGCAGAGGAGAGCAGAGAUGUGGAGGACGGCGGAGCUGUACACGAUGGCCUAGAUGGGGUCGGAGCCAGAGAUGCAGAUAAAAGCGGAGAGGUAGAGGACAGCGGAGAUGCAGGGGAAGGCCGAGAUGCGGAGGGAACCAGAGAUGCAGAGAAGGCCAGAGCUGCGGAGGGCGGCGAUGAGGCCCUGCAACAACACAUUGUCCAAAACGACAAGAAAGCACAUAAUGAGAUCGCUGCCGAGGAGAGUCAGCAGCGAAAUACAGACAAGAUACUCUCCCUACAGGGAAGUGACGGCCGAGCGGUCCGGCUGAGCCUGACGAGACGUAACAGCAAUCCAUUCGACGUCAAGAACCACGCGCUCCUUGUCGUUCAGGCUGGUCCAGUGUCCACGGUGCGUGAGAAGGCCCUGGCAUAUCUGGUUCAACAGUGGAUGUCUCAAGAGUUUUUCAACAUUCUGCGCACGGAGGAGCAGUUGGGUUAUCUGACGCACAUGACAACAUUACGGCUCGAGGGUUUGUUGUAUUACUGCUUCUCUAUAACAACAGUGUACGACCCCACAUACGUGCAUUCACGGAUUUCGGCCUUCCUAGAGUCCCAUAGGCAGAAGCGCCUAAUGGGCAAGAAGCUAGAAGAGCUAAAGGAAGGGGGCAUCACUUUCUGGAAGCAGAAACCAAAAAACCUCAUCGAAGAUUUCAGCAGGGAUUUAAAUCAAAUCAAGCGCAGAGAAUAUAUUUUUGAUAUCUACCAAGAAAUGGCAAAGGAAAUACAGCAAGUUGUCGAGGGCCAGAUUGAAGCCUUCAGAGAGACCACGCUGUUCACUGCACCAUCGUUGGCCAUUCACAUUUACAGCCAGAUCAAGGUGCCAGCAAAAAGGCCCGUGAUAUCCAAAAAUAAAUAG